AUGCUCCUUCAUGUUUCUAUGCAGUUCAAUGAGCUCUGUCGCUCUCUGAACGUCCUGGUUCUGAGACCGGCCAUGAGUCUGCUCGACUUUAUGGGUGUUGACCAAAGCGAGCGCAUCUGCGUGAUCCUAUGCACCUCUGCCAGCGGAUCAACUUGUUGCCCGGCAUGUCCAGUGGGAGCCCCAUCGAAACUUGGCCUCGCCUCGGCAAUUGGCUCUCCGCAGCUUCAAGGAGUGAACGAGAAGGCCAUUAGACCAGCCAUGGCUUCUAUCAGGGCAAACUGCAGGAAGAUCGUCUGCAUAGGCCGGAAUUAUGCUGACCACAUCGCCGAAUUGAACAACUCCAAGCCGAAGCAGCCAUUCUUCUUCCUCAAGCCUCCUUCGUCUCUCCUCAUACCAGGGGCCGGUCCCGUCCUUCGUCCCAAGGGCGUCAAACUCCAUUAUGAAGUUGAGCUAGGCCUGAUCAUGGGCUCCAGACUGCGAGACCAUGACCCAAAAGAUGUCAAAGGCGCUUUAGACUCUAUUGCAGGAUAUGUCGUUGCAAUUGAUAUGACUGCUCGAAAUGUGCAGGAUUCAGCCAAACGCGCCGGCCUGCCGUGGUCAAUCGCAAAGGGCUUCGAUACCUUCUCGCCCAUCAGCUCACUUAUCUCCAAAUCAGCCAUUCCGGACCCGCAUAAUGCUACUCUCCAUCUUGAAGUUGAUGGUGUGUCGAAACAACUGGAUAACACGGGGCUGAUGAUCUAUAAGAUACCGCGCCAACUUGCUGAUAUCUCACGGGUGAUGACCUUGGAUCUUGGCGACUUGGUCCUGACCGGUACGCCUAAGGGUGUAGGGGAAGUGACCAACGGCCAGGUCAUGACGGCUGGUAUCAGAGUUGGCGGGAAGGAGAUCGAAGAAGGGCGACUCGAGGUCAUGGUCAAGGACCGAGAAGGAAGAUAUGAGUUUGCGGAGAACUGA